GAGCUCGUCACAACGGCCGGUGUAAAUACCAUGUGCUCUCAAGGGUAUUUCCGGAAAACAAGUUUGAAACUCCCAAUGCUCUGUUUUCUCUCUGUCAUUACCCUUUUCCGCCAUUUCACAUUAUCAUAUUCUCUCUACACAACUUGUACUCUCCUUCCUCGCCUCUCUCACUGUCUCUUCCUCAUCGAACGCUUACUCUCUCUCUCUCUCUCCUCUCGAGCCUUUGACCCAGAGAGACAGUAUAGUUGGUACAAUAAACAGACAGAUCUAGUUUUGAUUUACUCUUAUGUUGAAGUGAGAAAGAGAAAGUAGAAGAAGAAGAGAAGCUUUGAACUUUGGCAAGAUGGAGACUGUGAGGCCAGUGGUUGUUGCUCCCAAGGGUAAAUUCAGACGCACGUUUGCUAAAGUUCUCAACAUCCAUAAGCUAACGGGUGUUGCUCCAGAAGAGGAAAUGAAGAAGACAAACAAUGUUAAGUUGUCUGAGUCUUUCUACAAGCUUGAGGAAGAGUAUGAGAGAACUCUGACAUUAGAAGCUCUUCUUGCUAAGCUCUUCGCUACGGUCUCAUCCAUCAAAGCUGGUUACGCUCAGCUGCAGCAUUCUCAGUCUCCUUAUGACGCAAUUGGGAUUCAAAAAGCAGACAACUUGGUGGUCUCCGAGCUGAAGACUUUGUCUGAGCUGAAACAAUGUUUCUUGAAGAAACAAAUCGAUCCGAACCCGGAAAGGACUCUAGUUCUCGCUGAGAUUCAAGAGCUGAGGAGUUUGUUGAAGACGUAUGAGAUAAUGGGGAAGAAGCUUGAGUCUCAGUACAAGCUCAAAGACUCUGAAACUCUGUUUCUGAGAGAGAAGCUUGAGGAUCUGACGAAACAGAACAAGUUAACAGAGAAGAGGCUUAACCAAAGCGGACAACUUUGCAACCCUUUAGAGAAUCUUCACCUCUCUGCGCUGAAUCCAACGCACUUCGUUGCUUAUCUGCAACACACAGUCAAAUCCACGAGAGGAUUCGUCAGGCUUAUGAUAGAACAGAUGAAGCUCGCUAAAUGGGAUAUCUCAAUGGCUGUGAACUCAAUCCAGCCCGGUGUGUUUUAUUACAAGCAAGACCACAAGUGUUUCGCUUUCGAACACUUUGUGUCCAACGUAAUGUUCGAAGCUUUCCAUCUACCAUACUUCUCAACCGCAAGAAGCUUCAAGAAGAUGGAGAAACAGAGCAAAACAGAGGAGAAACAGAGCAGAACAGAGGAGAGGGAAGUGUUUUUUGAGAGGUUUACAGAGCUCAAGUCGAUGAAAGCUAAAGAUUACUUGAAAGCAAGGCCUAAAUCAAGAUUCGCUAGGUUCUGCAGGAUCAAGUUCUUGCAGCUCAUACAUCCCAAGAUGGAGGAAGCUCUCUUCGGACAUCUGCAUUUGAGGAACCAGGUCUCUGCUGGUGAGUUCCCUGAGACGAGCUUGUGCUCUGGGUUUCUUGAAAUGGCGAAAAGGGUUUGGCUUCUGCAUUGCUUAGCUUUCUCUUUUGAGCGUGAAGCUGAGAUCUUUCGAGUGCCCAAAGGUUGUAGAUUCUCUGAAGUGUACAUGAGAAGUGUUGCAGAGGAAGGGUUGGAGGAGGCAGAGCCACGUGUUGCGUUCACGGUGGUUCCAGGGUUUAAGAUUGGUAAAACUUCGAUACAGUGUGAGGUCUAUCUCUCGGACGGUGGUGGUCCUCAAGGGUGAUUUGAAAAUUUCGGAAAGUUAUGGGGUUAAUUUGGAAGAUAGGAAAAGUUGUGGGCCUUUUGGUUGAAGUAGCGAAGUAGUGUGGUGUUGUUGUAAUGUUUCUUGUGUCUUUUGAGUUUUUGUCGAUAUUAGUUCAGAGAAACACAGAGGUAUCUCUUAGCUGUUGUCCAUUGAAUAUUUAUCUACUUUUCUAUAUAAUAUGUAAAUAUUUUAUUAUUUAUAUAAGUAUUGUUUAGCUUUUUA